CCCCGAUUUCUGCUGCACGAUCCCACCUCCCUCUUUAAAAAUUCCGCCGAAAAAGAGAAGACGAUUUUCCAAAGCUUUCGGGCCGUCGCCUCACGGCAAAAUCUCUGAUCAGGUUUACAACUAUCCAGAAGGCCUAGGAGAAGUGCUUUAUAGAGAACAGUUCGACUUCAACGCCGAGCCACCUUGGGAACCUAGCUGAUGAUAGUAGGGUUCCAUCUCCUAACUUGUCCAUUUUGUUGCAUAAUUUAAGGACCCGGAUAUAAGGCUUGGCGGCCCAUCCCUUGUGUUUCUUGGUUUAUGACUGUCGGCUUUGCGGAAUACGGCUGAGAUGAAAGGACUUCCUGAGGAUGCAAACUACUCCAUUGGCCUACUGGAUGAAGGAAUAACUCCUGCAGAUGUUAUUGACAACUAUAUUUUUGAGCAAACUCAUACUGGAAAAAAAGCAUUUUUUGUUGGUGAUCUUGGAAAGCUUAUGAAGAAACGCAUUGAAUGGCAGAAUGUGAUGGCACCAAUAAAACCAUUUUACCCUGUAAGAUGCAAUUCCACUCCAGCCGUUCUUGAGAUUCUAGCAGCUCUUGGCACCGGAUUUGUGUGUUCCAGUAAAACUGAAAUGGCAAUGUUACAGGACUUGGCCAUAGCUCCUGAAAAUAUCAUGUAUAUAAAUCCUUGCAAGCAAGCCUCUCACAUAAAGUAUGCAGCAAAAGCUGGGAUAAACAUCAUGACUUGCGAUAAUGAUAUUGAGCUACAGAAAAUUGCACGUAAUCAUCCAAAUGCGAGGCUCUUACUACACAUUGCCACAGAAGAAAUUAAUGGAGUUGAGGAGAUGAGUAUGAAGUUUGGCACCACACUGAAGACCUGUAGGCAUCUCAUGGAACUUGCUAAGGAGCUUGAAGUCCAAAUAGUUGGUGUUAAAUUUCAUGUUUCUAACUCUUGCAAGGAACCUCAAGUGUAUCUACAUGCUAUAUCUGAUGCUCGGUGUGUGUUUGACAUGGCUGAAGAAUUUGGUUUUAAGAUGAACAUAUUGGACAUUGGUGGAAGCUUCACAGGUUCAGAGCUUCAGCUGAAAGAGGUUAAUCGUGUCAUCAGUCCAUUGCUGGUUGACUACUUUCCUGAAGAAUCUGGUGUGAAUGUGAUUGCUGAGCCUGGAUGUUACUAUGUUUCAUCUGCAUUUACUCUUGCAGUUAAUAUAAUUGCAAAGAAGGCUGUGGAAUAUGAUAAACAUCUUUCCUCUGGAAUGGAACAAGCCAGGAGCAAUGAGCCAGUCUUUAUGUACUACAUGAAUGAUGGUGUUUAUGGUUCUUUUUCAAAUAAAUUGUCUGAGAAGUUGAAUGCUAUCCCAGAGGUUCACAAGAAAUACAAGGAAGAUGAGCCUCUGUUUGCAAGCAGCCUUUGGGGUCCAUCCUGUGAUGAGCUUGAUCAAAUUGUGGAAAGCUGUCUUCUCCCUGAGCUGAGUGUUGGAGAUUGGCUGAUCUUUGACAAUAUGGGUUCUGGUCCCUUGGGUGAACGCUCCACCUUUAAUGAUUAUCAGAGGCCACUGAUUUACUAUGUAAUGUCUUUCAGUGACUGGUAUGAGAUGCAAGAUGCUGGAAUUCCUUCAGACACAUUGAUGAAGAACUUCUUCUUUGUGCCUUCAUGCAUUCAGCUGAGCCCAGAAGACCGCUUUUCCACUGCAGCUUAAACAGGCAUUAACGCUUCAUUUAGACCUGCAGUUGCAAGUCUGUAGUUUGUCUGGUCAACAUUCCAGUAUGGAAGAAAAUGGAACAAUCCUGAAUUCAUAUCGUCUUCAAAACUUGAAAAAUUAGUAAGGAUAAUUGGGACCAGGCAAAACCAGCUACAACUACAAUUCAUUGGGGGUGGGAGGGAUAGGAAAAGGUGUCAAGAUUUAAACUUGCCAGUUUGUUUAACCCCUGAGCGUUUUAAAUUAAAUAUGCAACAAAAUGGAUGACUUAGUGGAGAUGGAAACCCACCACUUGGGUUCCCUGUUAAACAGUUUACAUACAAGUACACAGUUUUUAUACUAAGGAUUCCUGUUAGAAAGUCUUGUAAAGUUAUUGUCUUUCGCCCAGAUACAUCAAAUGUCAGUGGGAGACUAGUGUGACUUCAUUUAGAUGUUUAGUAUAUUUAGAAUGUGUAAAUUUGUGCUUUGAACUGUAGUUUAAUAAAUGUAAAAUUGCAUCAUAGUAUUUGUUGUAUUUGACCCUGACGUAUCCCUUGUAUGAUUGCAAUAAAACUUUGUGUAGAUUUUACUGUUUUUUCAGGUGAACUUUGGGAGAGGGGCUAGAUAGGAAAGAUAGCUAUGAAAUAGAUGUGUACAUGAUUGUUUGGGCAAGUCAUCUUUUUUUCUAGCCCAUUAUCAAGUUUAGGUUGGCAGAGCAUUAAAUCAUGAAUAAUUUUGGUAAAUUUAAAUUUGCACGUGUGAAGAAGUCCAGUAAAUUACUGGAAAGUUGAAAUGUAGUUUGUGGUGUUGAUUAAACAGAGUAUGACUUUUAAUUUAACUGUUCUAACACCAAAAAUAUCAAAGCUGCAAGGCAACAGUGGUAGCAAAUAGUAGUAGAUAGAAGUAUUUUUAGCAAAAAUGCAUGUAGUACCCAAGUAGAAUUCUGAAAUACAGCUUUAUUGGCUAGUUAAAACCUUCAAUUUUUGAACAGGCUUUUAUAGUAGUUUUAAGUUCAUCUAGGUCUGUACAGCACUACAUCUUACCAGAAGGGCUACAUUUAAUCUUCAGAAACCUCGAUGCUCUUUUGCACUCUAUUUAAAUAUACACAAAUAAUAGUAAAGCACAUUUCUACAAAUAUACUCAAACUUCACCAACUAAUCUUAAUUAUUGAAAUUGUUCAGUGGAUUUACCUGUUCUGUUUAGAGCCUCUUGAUUCUCUCUCCCAUCCCACCCCCUGGUUCUUUUUGCUUUCCCAUUUUAACUUAUUCCUUUUUUUACUAAUCUGAAAUUUUUAGAAAUCAGGAUUUGAACUAUUCAUGGUGACUAUUUAACUUCUGGAUCGGAAUUUAAUGAAUUCAUCAGAAGGCUAAUGAAUUUGACAAUAGGAUUUAUUCCUAGUUGGAAUAAUUCCUAUUUUCUUUAGUUGCCUCUCACAUGCAAAUCUAUUUUACAUGAGUGACAAUUGGCAGGAAAUUAACUUGCUGUAGAAUGAGGCUAUGAAUACAUCAGACUUGAUGCUUUUACUCCAAGGUGGAAAAAAUGAGUUAUGAAAUUUCUUUCCAAUUUGGGUUUUUACCAUGAAGGGCUUUUCUAAGCAUAAUCUUAUAACUGUGUUCACACUAGGAGACUGUACUGCUUCCUGUUCAUAAGUUGAUAAUCACAACAAUACUAAACAAAAAAAAUCAGCCCUAAGAAAAGCACUGUCAUGUACACCUUGGUUUAAGGAUUUUUUUUUGUGUUUUGAAAAGAUAGACCCAAGAUGGGCCUGUCAUAAUGGCAUAGGGGGUUGUGGCAUUAGGAAUAGUGUUUUCUAGAAAACCUAGCCAUCAGACAGUCCUUCAGUGGCAGGCUUAGGUAGAGUCCCAGAACUCCCACAAAUAAGACUGCACAGCCUUCAAA